AUGGCUAAUGAAAAUCAUGAUCUUUUCUAUCAUGAUGAUGAUGAACUCAAUCACUCCAACUUUUCAUUCUCAGAAAACUUCCAAGGAUUUGAUCCUUCUUCUACUCAUACUACAUCUUUCACUGACUACUUACAUGGCUCCAUGGACUAUAGCACUCUCUCAAAAGCCUUUGACUUGUCUUGUUCAUCAUCUGAAGUAGUUUCCUCCAUUAACACAAAGAAAUCUAGUGCAGGAGAUUCUGAAUCAUCUUCAUCUAAUGAAGCUGAAGCUGUUAUACAACGUGACUCAACCAAAAGUGAUAACAAAGAUAAGCAUCCAAAAUUAGGGUCUGAAGAUGGAGAUGAAAAUUCUAAAAAAGAGAACAAGGUUAAAAAGAAAGAGAAAAAACCAAAAGAACCAAGGUUUGCAUUCUUGACUAAAAGUGAGAUUGAUCAUCUUGAAGAUGGUUAUAGAUGGAGAAAAUAUGGACAAAAAGCAGUCAAGAAUAGUCCUUACCCAAGGAGCUAUUAUAGAUGCACAAGUCAAAAGUGUAUAGUGAAGAAAAGAGUGGAAAGAUCAUACCAAGAUCCAUCAAUUGUGAUGACAACAUAUGAAGGACAACACAACCAUCAUUGUCCAGCCACACUUAGAGGCAAUGCAGCUUCCAACAUCUUUGGUUCCAACUCAAUUGGAUUGGAGCAAAGAAUACACCAAGAUUUCCUUGCUCAGUUUCUUCCAAGUUAUAGUCAAAGUAGUAAUCAUCAAAUGUUCCACCAAAAUGUUUCUCUACCGGCUCAUCAGCAGCAGUUUCAGCUCCAUUGCGACAAUGGUUUGUUGCAAGAUUUACUACCAUCAUCAUUUCCUGGAAAACAAGAGCAAUAA